AUGACGGAUGUCACAUCUUGGAGAGGAGAAUCAAAAAAACCAAACAUGGUUAUGGAUUACAACGACGCCAAGAAAGGCAUUGAUGUUGCAGACCAACUGAGCUGUUACCAUUCCCCUCUAAGAAAAAGUAUGACGUGGUAUAAAAAAGUAGCUUAUGAUUUGAUUUUUCAAACAGCAAUAGUGAAUACCAAAGUGAUUUUCGAAGAGGCUACCGGUUCUUCAAUUUCGGUUUUAGAUGUACAAGAAACAAUGAUCCGUCAUUGGCUUGGCGACGUGGUCAUGAAAAAACACCCAGCAAGAAUAUCGACUCUGCCUUCAACAUCAUCAGAAAGACACGCUCUAACCCAGAUUCCGAGUCGAGAUGGAAAACUCGUAAGGAGGCGUUGUGUCAUCUGUUAUGCCAACAAAAAGGCUGAAGGAAAUCCUUUGCUAGCUAAACAAGUAAACACCGAAUGUGUAAAAUGUAAAAAAAUAUUUUGUUUGAAAUGUUUCAAUGAGGCACACUGA